AUGUUGCGCCACACCUUGCCAGAAAAUGUUCUUCAUACGUUCUACUCAUAUUUCAUCCCGAGUAAAAGAACCUUUUACACUCCAUCAUUACCAUUUCAUCAUAAUUAUCCACACCAUGUUACCAUUACCUCCCAUCCACAUCAUUUGUGCAUAUCAAUGCCGUUCUUUUGGUCAUUUUUUUGUCGCUCUCUAACUCCUGUAUAUAACCAUUCCUGGCGUAACGUGCAUGUCCUGUUCAUGUACGUUUUGCCAGUCAAGUACGUUCUUUUAUCUUUUCGUAUUACAACACCCCUUUAUUUAUGCAUGUUUAAUCGUUUUUAUAUUUUUGAUGCACUCAUUUAUGCGUUCUCUAAUCAAUACCAUGUAACAGUUUGCGUGCUACCGCACUCAGGCACCAUUUUAUAG